AUGGCAUACUAUCAUGGACAGCACCUGCGCUACAAGAUCAACCUCAUGACCGGACAGCUGGAAAUGAUGCCAGAUUUCCUGGAUGAUGCAGCCAGCCAGUUGUCGCGUGAUGCAGCUGGUAUGCCGUCGAUCCGUGGAUUGGAUGGAUCGCAUGGAAUCACGCUCGCAGUCGUCCGAGUCAAUGAGAACGGCUCCUCCGGUGAAGCUGCGGCCAUUAUAGGUGAUUGGCUGGCCAUAAUAACACCGGUAAUCAGUAGCUUGUCUAUGUCUGCUCAUGUGUGGUGGGGGGAGGUUCGCAAAUCAGCGUUCGAUGCUUAUGAUGCGUGGCUUCGAGCUUCACCGAUUGAUCGUAUCGGUAUGGUCCCGGAUCCAGGAGCGGUUACGCAUGGCCGAGGGAAGUAUAGUCUUCUUGAGCCGCGCGUUUACACCAUGAUCCUGAAGGCAGUCCCCGAAGCCAUGAAAGACGAUGCAGUGCAGCAGCGAUAUAUGUCUGUAGCUUCAGUGCUGUUCCUUCUGUUGACGCGGUAUCAGCCUGGGUCUAGUGCUGAGAAGAGUGCGAUGCUUAGCUUCUUGAUAAAUCCGGCUGUACCGACCACUGUAUCUGAUGGCGUUCAGGCCAUAAAAAAGUGGAUGAGGUAUAGGCGUCGCAUCCAAGAGCUCGCCGCAGAGCUUCCCGACAGCACGCUACAGUUGGCUGGUUUGGACAUCUUGAUUAAACGGCUGGUGAAUAGUUUGCCCCAGAUGCAGUUUAGGCUUGGGAUGUAUCGUGAGAGUCGCAAGCUGGAUUAUCAUCCAACCCAUGAGUCGGUGUUUGAUCUGGCUAAUCUGAUUUUGGCGGAGCUUGAGCAUGCGUACUCCAAUCUUGCGGUGGAGCUAGGGGGAACGCAACAGGAACAGGCCUCUUGUGAUCGCAGUGACCCCGCAGGCUUGUUUAGUCAAGAUGAUGGCGAGAGGUGUGGUGAUGAGUGGGGAGAGCUGAGUCAUCAGGAAUCUCUUGAUAUCUUGGAGCUGAUGUCUGAGCCCGGGGAACCUGGUCCGGAUGGUGGAGGUGACGACCCUCCGCGGGAUGACCCCCUUGCUCUUCUUGAGCCUCUGCUUGAGGAUGAGCCGUUACCUGCCGGUGAUGUGUCUGCUGAAGAUGAUUGCAAUGCUAAGUGGCGGGCUGAGAUUGCGAAACAUAAAGUUGAGCGGCUGAAGCUUGUAGAGUUGGUGUAUGUUGUGCCAUUGCCCAAUAAGUCGCAAUCACCAGUCCAAGAUGCCAUUGCUUUAGUGAUGACGCAGAUUGAGUCGCUGGGAUAUCCCAUUCGUAGACUGCACACCGACCGCGGUCGUGAAUUCUGCAAUGCUCGCUUACGUGCUUACUGUGCCAGGCGUGGUGUGUACAAGACAACGGGUGAUGCAGACGACUUUAAAAGCAACGGCCGGGUCGAAGGAGCGGUUUCUCGCGUCAAGCAGGUCACGCGGUCACUGUUGAUUGAUCAGCACCUUGGGCGGGAGUAUUGGCCUCUCGCUAUGUUGCAUGCAGUGGUCAAGGGACACCUGGUUCUGUUGGAGAGUGGAGAAAUAGUCAUCACGUCCGCAUUGGUAACCGAAGUCAGGGCUGACAGUGCAGAGGCGUUUCAUGUUGAAGAUCCCGGUGGCAUGCGUCCAGCGCCUAAUCGGCGUAUCACGGGGAAGCGAGCUCCUGCACCUGGUGAUCCUGGGCGGAGGCGCCUUCGGGGCAAACAGCGCAUCGAGAAACUCGGCCUCUUGUCGUCAGAUUUGCACAGGCUAGAAAAUCUUGCCCAAGAUCACCUUCAGCACUUUGACAUUACGGCAGCCCUUGGAUUUGUCGCCGCAUUCCCCUGGAAUAGUGUGCCCGUGCAUCGAUCCCGUUUUCAGGUCGGAGUUCAUCAGCGCGACACAGCCGCUUUGGUUGGUUUCGGGGUGUAUGGCUAUGGUGGAAUUGGGGGUCUUACGGCUGCCUGCCGUCAACUUCCCAGUACGGCGGCGCUUCUGGCUAAGAUCAUCCAGCAUCAUUUCCCGGACGCUACAUACACCACUGUCAUGAUCCUUCAAGAUGUUCUCUCCACCAUUCACAAAGAUCGUAACAAUGCGGAUAGCGAGUCUGUGCGUGGUGAGCCUGCGGUUCGUUAUACCCCAGCUGGUGAGGCCAUUGCUGGCCAGCUUUUACCGCCAGGUGUGCAUCUACCAGCGUUUGUGCAGCGCCGUCUCAUGCGGUCGCUCCUCUCCGAGGGCAGUUUGAUGAGCUUGGGUCGUGCAGCGGAUUUCGCGCCGAUCGGUCGUGCAGCGGAUUUCGCGCCGAUUACUCUGGACCGGGUAGAAAGCCUAACAGAUGCCAUUCCACCGGCGCUGUAUGUCCAGCGGGAUCGUGAUUGGGGUUUGGAGCCUGAAUUAACUCUUGAUGAUGAAGAUGGAAACCCCGUAGUGCUGGGGGCUGUGACGGCGUGUGAAACCAUUCUCAUGUCUGAUGACAGUUUGAUCUGGUGCUUUGCCUUUGAAAGCCAGGUUGAUGGAGGAGAAGAAGUUGUGUCCGUGUGGCAGCGCCAGCGUCUAGCUCGGGUAAAUGACGGUGCUGAUGUGCAGAUGCGUCGUCCUCCGAAUCUAGAGCCACCGGGUCCUGACAUGAGGGUCGCUGCCCUUCGCAGUGUAGCCGCCUCCCGGUUUGAAUGCACCAAACCGGGAACCACCAGCGACGCGCAUCAUGAGCAUCAGCCGUCUCUGUCGUCCUCUGCCGGGUGCGUUGGCAUGCCGCCACCGCCCGUACCUGUCCCUUCCGAGUCCUCUGCCGGGUGUGUUGGCAUGCCGCCACUGCCCGUGCCUUUGCCUUCCGAUGCGGGUUUCGCUGAGUUGAAUGAGUGGAUUAAACGAGCUGCCGGGGAUGUAGCGGAUGAUAGCACUGAUCAGCACUUGUCGAGCGCUGAUGUCGACCCUUGUGCUCUUGAGAUAGCCUUAUCGUGUUUAGAUCGGGGCGGUGAACAGUCUGAUGAUGAAGCUGAGGGCGAUGGGUCCAAUGAUGAGGAUUGCCCCGAAGUACAGGACUUGUUUCUAGUGCCACAUUGCAUAUCCCGGUUGUCGCCUUUACACGGUGACAGCUCGGAUUCCUUGGUGCAGUAUGACCUCCUUGCAUCUGAAACUCCGCUUGGCACUAACGAGCGAGUGUCUGAAGCACUUGAUGUCAAGCAUGCGCUGAUGAAGGCGAGGCUUGCUGAUGAAGGGUCGUCAGCUCUGGAGGCGUUAACCAGCGCGUGGAAUGAAGGUGUCGCGCAAGGCCCUGACGACGCGGGACCUUUGCAGGCCUUUAUUCGGGCGGCGCACGCUGUCAAGUCUGCCGAGGAUGAUUUAGAACAUGCCAGGGCAAAUGCGGAACCGGCAGCCGAGCAGCUACAGACAAAAAUCGUUCCCAAUAAGGAAGUCCUUGCAGAUCUGCCGCGAUGGAAGCCCGCAAUCCAGUCUGAGUAUGACAGUCUGGUGAAGGAGACGAAAGCCGUACGCCCCAUAAGUCAGACAUACCUAGAUGAUCUUAAACGGUCCGGUAAAAAGUACGAGCUUAUACCAUCAAAGCUGAUAUUUUCUUGCAAGGCUCCGAAUGGUCGCCUUAAAUGUAGAUCGGUCUGCUGCGGUAACUACUUGAAUGACAGUGCUGUAGCCAAAGCUGACAAGUACUCUGGAGGCAUAGAUGCAGUAACGCUGCGUUGCCUGCUGCGUUAUGCCGCGCUUCGUCAGCAGGACGGAGCUGCCCUCGACAUCAAAACAGCGUUUCUACGAGCGCCUUUAAUCCAAACGGGCACUGAAAUCAUAGUAAAGGUCCCCGCUAUAUUUCGAAUGGCUGGGUGCGGUUCCGAGUUCUUUUGGGCUGUAGAUAAAGCUUUAUACGGAUUGAUAAUCAGUCCCAAGUCUUGGAGUACCUUCAGGGAUAAAUCUCUUGAGCAAGAUCUUAAUGUCGUCAUCAACGGUGAGCGUGCGACCGUGAAACCGCUUCGGUCGGACUCUAAUCUGUGGGAGAUCCGCACACGUGCUGAGGGUCGAAUCGCCAUAUUGGCGAUUUAUGUGGACGACCUCUUGUGCUUCGGACAAACCUCUGUAGUGACCACGGUUUUGGAGUCUGUGGCAGCGCUUUGGCAGGUGUCGUCUCCCAAGUUCUUGAGUCAGGGUCCCAUAGACUUCAGCGGGUAUGAGAUUGAGUACACGUCUGAUGGCCAAAUGCUGGUGCACCAGAGAAGGUUUGUGAGCGAGCUGCUGAAUCGUUACGCACAUGUCGAAGGUCUGUCUGAGGUUGCAAAUUGGUUUAUGCCCUCGGGCUCGCAGCCUGGAGAGAACGUUCAAGUCAGCUUCACGCCUGCUCGGCCGUACAUUGAAGAUCCGGAUCCAGACAGCGAGGUUCGUGAAAACAAUGAAAUUUUGGAUGCUUUGAGGCCUCCAGCUGUGCCUUUGGAUAUCUCCUUCUACGAUGAGGGUCAUAGUGGCUCAGCUCGUCAGACAAUCUGGUAUUUGCUGCUGGAUGAAGCUGAAAGUGAUCUCUUUGAUACAACUGGAGGUCUGUCCGAGCUUCGUGAGUGGCAGCACAUCAACCUUGGCGAGUAUGACGUAGCGAUGUUGGCUUUCUUAUAUGCCAGGUACAGAAUGCAGGGUGUAUUUGGUGCCUGUGUGUCUCGUACUGGAGUGUCGUACCGAGUUGAGCGCACUACACUCAUGUAUGGACCUCCGGUGCUGACAAUGUUCAUCAGAUCUGUUGCGGCUGACUUCACUGAAGAGGUCAUCGUAGUGAAGUUCUGCGAACAGACUGCGCGACCGAUGCCGUAUCUUGUACUUUAUCCGAUGAGCGAUCAGCUGCAUGAAGUAGAUUGA